CCACGGUCAAAUAAAAACAAAAAAAUCUAAAUUGGAUGACAGUAAACAAAGUUGUCAACAAUUUUUAGUUGAACAUCAAAACUUUUAGGCAUGAAUUUUAAAUUUUAGUUCAAGUCCUUAUUUGUAAAAUUUUAAAUUUUUGUGAAGAUAUCUUGCUGUGACGCUACCUUAAUAAAGCAUCUCCAAGAUAUUUUAAAAGGAACAGAAGGACUAAGAAUAAAUAUGACUGGAAGUCAAGCAUGCUGCCCUGCGGCAUGUCAACCAUGCGCUGAUUGUCCAAUGCCGCCUCAUCCCAUCUGUUGUAUGUCAUGUCCGCCACCGAUUGUGUUGCCCACUGUUCCGGAACCUGUCAAACCUUUAAUGAUGCCAGUUGAAAAAUGCGAGUUUAAAUACCCAAAUAUCGAAUCAUCUAAUGGCAAACAGACGAAAGAAGAAUACGAUCAAGGUAAUUUUUAUAAUAACUGGAACAUCGACUAUCGGGACCAAGUCAGAAAACAAUAUGGACAAUACAAAGCACAAAGAUGUUGUCCUGACAUAACACUUAACUCUCAGCGCGCAUGCUGUGGUUGUGAACUUCAGUCUAGAUCUGCAGAAAAACAAAACAAGAUACCUAACGAAACGGGGUGCCCUUUUGGAUACCAGCCAUGCUUAUUAAAACUGCUUCCGCCCCCAGAUCAAAAUCCAUGUGGUGCAUGGUGUGCCGAGUUAAAAUUACCAAGGCCAGGUAGUACUGUUUGCAAGGAUAGAAAAAAAGAAAAUAAAGAUGUAUCAAAAACUUGUCAAAGACCAUGUUGCAAACAUUGGAAGUCUAAAGAGGGGGAAUGCAAAUAUGAUUUACCUUGUAAAGCUCACUGUUAUAACCACCCAGUAGGAAUGAAACCAAAGUACCACGUACCAACAAUUGAUUACGACCUUUUAAGAGAUCUUGGAGAAUGCAUGGAUUUAAAAUAACACAAGCCAAAAAUGUACAAUAGGAGAAACAAAGAAACACUAAUUACUUGAAGCAGUUAUUCUAUAAUUUUUAUAAUUGAAAACACUACCAAACCCAAAACUUUAACCAGUACUAAAAACAUUAAAGAACAAAUUAUGAAACUA